ACACGCUUACGUCCUUUGCAACAUGGCGUCCGGCAGCGGAAGUAAGAAUGACUUCAGGAGAAAGUGGGACAAGGAGGAGUACGAGCAGCUGGCCCAGAAGCGGCUCACGGAGGAGCGCGAGAAGAAGGAUGGCAAGCCAGCUGUUCCAGUCAAGCGGGAGCUCCUGCGACACAGAGACUACAAGGUUGACCUUGAGUCCAAGCUGGGGAAGACCAUUGUCAUUACAAAGACAACACCUCAGGCAGAAAUGGGCGGGUACUACUGCAACGUGUGUGACUGCGUUGUGAAAGAUUCCAUCAACUUUUUGGACCACAUCAAUGGGAAGAAACAUCAGAGGAACCUGGGAAUGUCCAUGCGUGUUGAACGAUCUUCGCUGGACCAGGUUAAAAAACGUUUUGAGAUAAAUAAGAAAAAAUUGGAAGAAAAACAGAAAGAGUAUGAUUUUGAAGAGCGCAUGAAAGAGCUACGAGAAGAGGAGGAGAAGGCAAAGGCUUAUAAGAAAGAGAAACAGAAAGAGAAGAAGCGCAAGGCAGAAGAGGACUUGAAUUUUGAGGAAGAUGAUGAAAUGGCUGCUGUGAUGGGAUUCUCAGGGUUUGGCUCUUCCAAGAAGGGCCACUGAUGACCUGUUUUCCCUGUGAGGGUUUCAUGGCUUCAGAGGCUCUCAGACAUCCUACUUCCCUCUUCUGCAACUGAUUAUGGUGCAGUUGUAGUCAGUCUUUUUGGGGAGCUUUGGAAUUGAAGAACUUGAUUUCUUCAUCCACCUAACCCUAACCACUACGUCUUCAUACAACAGAGAGCAGCUCUGGUUCAGGACAGAGUUGCCUCCCUCAUUUCAGGCCUAGGGGGUGGUUUCUAUUUUUUUAUUUUUAAAAUAACUAAUUUAAGUUGGGCUUUUUAAAUGUCUGCAUUCCCUUCAGUAAACCGACAAGAUUUACACACAUUUUGGGAUGAAUAUUUAAUUUUAAUCAGUCAUGAAUGUGAGUCAGUGGCAUCUGUUUUUGUAUAAUACCUUGUUAAAAUUUUCUCUGUACUCCUUUCAUGAACUUUGGAUCUACUGCAUAUUUAUAUACUUCCCACACGUUGUUUUUGUUCUUAGAGACAUGUUUCUGUAAUAAGAAAAGUUUGAUUAAAAUAAGUUCACCUUUUAA